AUGGAGGUGAUGGACAGCUGCCAGUUCUCCCCGUCCGAGCUCUUCUAUGACAGCUCCUGCCUCUCCUCCCCGGAGGGCGAGUUCCCCGAGGAUUUUGAGCCCCGGAAGCUGGCUCCCUUCGGCGCCCCCGAGCCCGCCUGCUCCGAGGAAGAGGAGCACGUCCGAGCUCCCACCGGCCACCACCAGGCCGGCCACUGCCUCAUGUGGGCUUGCAAAGCCUGCAAGAGAAAGUCCACCACGAUGGACCGGCGGAAGGCGGCCACCAUGAGGGAGAGGAGGAGGCUGAAGAAAGUGAACCAGGCUUUCGAGACCCUGAAGAGAUGCACCACCGCCAACCCCAACCAAAGACUCCCCAAAGUAGAGAUCCUGAGGAACGCCAUCAGAUACAUCGAGAGCCUCCAGGAGCUCUUGAGGGAACAGGUAGAAAACUACUAUCACCUGCCGGGACAGAGCUGCUCCGACAGGAGGUUACGCAUCCUGGGUGCUUGCACACCUCAUGCCGAGCCCACUGUCCUGCAGAGUCCAGCUACUUGCUCAGAGGUCUUCUGCUCUCUGCUCCCCACCCCAGCUGACAGGCACCAUCCAGUCCUGGAGUCUGGUUUGAUUCUGAGCAUCAGUAACACUCACAGACUGCCUGGCAAUCUGCUGGAAGGCGUUGGUGGCCGUGAUGCCAAAGGCAUUGGUCAGCUGUGCUUGAAGAAGGUGAUAGUGGGCGUGAUAUACGAGGGAGAAAUAAUACAAAAUUUAGAAGACGGAUACAGAGUUUCCCGGAGCUGGCUGGCACCUGGAAGUCACGGACCGGACUUCCCGGCAGAUGGGAACUGGAUUCAGCAAUGCAUGGAUCGAUAUCUGGAUCGGGAUCGCAGGCAGGACAGGGAGCAGGGUCCUCUUCAGCAGCCGGCUGUGGACGAGGAGAGCAAGACCCUUGUGAUCCCCCAGCUUUAA